AUGCUCUUCCAAUCGACUCUGCUCACCUUUGUCCUUGCUGCCGUCGGCGCCCUUGCCGCCCCGAUCGAGAAGCGCGCUGGCUGCUCCAAGUACAUCAUCAUCGACACGCGCGGUACAGGAGAACCUCAAGGCCCCUCGGCCGGGUUCCGUUCCAUGAACUCGCGCAUCUUCUCCGCCGUCCGUGGCGGUACCGAGUACGACACUGUCUACCCUGCCGACGCCUCGCAGGUCUCGACCAUUGGAACCGCCGACAUUGUCAACAAGGUCCAGACGAGCCUCGCUGCUGACCCCAGCACGUGCUUCAUUCUCGAGGGCUACUCUCAGGGCGCUGCUGCUACAUGCAACGCCAUGCCUAUGCUCACUGGCGCCGCUUUCAACGCUGUCAAGGGUGUCGUUCUCAUUGGAAACCCCGAGCACCAGCCCGGCCUGGCCAGCAACGUCGAUGGUAACGGCGGCAAGACCACUGCCAACGUCCGCGGCCUGCAGGCCUUCGAAGCAGGUAUCCCGUCCAACUGGGUCUCCAAGACCCUCGACAUUUGCAUCUACGGCGACGGCGUCUGCGACACCACCCACGGCUUCGGCAUCAACGCCCAGCACCUCUCCUACCCGUACAACUCCAACGUCCAGACCAUGGGCGCCAACUUCGCUAUCAAGAAGCUGCAGUCUUAA